GUUACAAUAUUAGGCAAAAAAAGGAUGCGAAAACUUAGUCGAAAAAAGUUGGUCGUAGUUGGUGACGGUUUUUGUGGUAAAACGAGUCUACUCCAUGUUUUUCAACACAAUGAAUUUCCAGAGGAUUAUGUUCCAACUGUAUUUGAAAACUACAUUGCAAUUAUCAAUCAUGAAUCAGGAAAAUCAAUUGAGUUAUCGUUAUGGGAUACAGCUGGCCAAGAAGAAUAUGAUAGACUUCGACCAUUAUGUUAUCCCGAGACAGAUGUCAUUCUAGCUUGCUUUGCUAUUGACCAGGUUCAAUCGUUUGAAAACGUCAAAGACAGAUGGAUACCUGAAAUGGAUCACUUUUUGUUCAACACACCUCGUUUAUUAGUUGGAACAAAAAGCGAUUUAAGAGUAAAUGGAAAGCGUAUAGCAGAGUUACGCACAAAUGGACAGCAGUUGAUUACUGUUGAACAGGCAGAAGCAUUGGCAAAGAAACUCAAUACACAAUACAUUGAAUGUAGUGCAAAAACGAACACAAACAUUGCUAAAGUAAUCCAUACAGCCACGGGACUUAUUCUUAGUAAUCGCAAGGGAGGAUUGAAAACCAAGAUUUGUACCUUAUUGUGAUUCAUAAAAAAACAACAACAAAAAGUGAUCUGCUUUUUUUUAGCUUAUUAACGUGCCUUUGAGCUUUAACACACACACACACACACACACACACACACACA